AUGGUGGACAUCGAUCCGCCGACAACGCCGCUGCAGCUGGUCUUGGGUUCCGAUCUACACACCGCGAAUCGCGACGCCAACGCCCACGCCCACGCCCACGCCUCGCCCUUCUACGCGACUUAUCUCGCAGCUUCCACACAGGCGCACCAGCCGCUAUGUGCUAAUGUCGAGGGUUGGGGACCGCUGAGUCCCUACAGAUACGACUUCACACCAUGUUUCCUUGAUAUUUGGCUGCUUGCGGUAUCGGCUUGGGGCCUGGUCGCUGGAGCAGCGGCGGUAUGGUGGCUGUAUAAGAAGACGACAGAACAGCCCGUGGCGAAGAAUUGGCACUUUUACGCGAAGCUGGGCGUGGUCGGCGCGCUUUUGGCGACCACAAUGUGCCAGGCAGCAUUUCAGAUUCAGCGAUUCGAUGGUACGUGGUACGAAGAUAUACGCUUCUGGACCACAAUUGCGAAUCUUCUCAGUUUGGGUGUGAUUGGAUGGGUACAGUAUAUUGAGCACUGGCGUUUGCGCUAUGCGCACGGCGUGGUUCUGGUUUACUGGCUGUUCUUCAACAUUGCGUUCGCUGUUAAGCUGCGCAGCUUGGUGUCUCAGCACAUGCAUAGCAUACAUCCCGCAUACUUCGGCGUCUUCACAGCGAGCCUGGCACUGGGCAUUGCAGAGUUCGUCCUAGAAUGGCUUUAUGCGGAUAUCUUCUCCUGUCUUACCUUCUCCUGGAUGACGCCCAUGAUGAAAUAUGGAUACAAGGAAUACCUAACACAAGAUGAUCUAUGGAAUUUGCGCAAAGGCGACAACACCAGAGCAACCGCCGAGCAGUUCAAUGAAGAAUGGGAGCGACAAUUGGAGAAGAAGAAACCUAGCCUCUGGAUUGCUUUGAUCACUUCCUUUGGAGGCCCUUACUUGGUUGGUGCCAUCAUCAAGACUGUAUCAGAUUGCUUGGCUUUUGUCAAUCCACAACUGCUCAGGUUUCUUAUUUCUUUCGUGGACUCUUACCGACCUGGCAAUGAGCCUCAGCCUCCCAUCAAGGGUGCUGCAAUUGCAAUCGCAAUGUUCGUUGUGUCAGUGGCACAGACUGCUGCUCUGCAUCAGUACUUCCAGCGAUCAUUCGAAACUGGCAUGCGCGUCAAGGGUGCCUUGACAGCGUCUAUCUAUUCGAAGAGUAUGAGACUCAGCAACGAAGGGCGAGCGACGAAGAGUACUGGUGACAUCGUCAACCAUAUGGCAGUCGACACGCAGCGAUUGCAGGAUCUGGCGCAAUUCGGUCAGCAACUUUGGUCAGCUCCACUGCAAAUCACUCUCUGCAUGAUCUCGUUGUAUCAGCUCGUGGGCUACAGCAUGUUUGCGGGUGUUGGUGUGAUGGUCCUCAUGGUUCCAGUGAACGGUUUUAUCGCUCGCAUCUCGAAAUCCCUUCAAAAGCGUCAAAUGAAGAACAAAGACGCCAGGACACGACUGAUGACCGAGAUUCUCAACAACAUGAAGUCGAUCAAGCUGUACGCGUGGACGUCUGCAUUCAUGAACAAGCUGAACGCCAUCCGAAACGACCAAGAGCUGCAUACCUUGCGGAAGAUUGGUGCUCUUACUGCCGUGGCCAACUUCACUUGGAACACUACGCCUUUCUUGGUGUCCUGCUCAACCUUUGCAGUUUUCGUUGCCACACAAAACAAACCUUUGUCGACCGAUAUCGUCUUCCCAGCUCUGACGCUGUUCAACAUGCUCGGCUUCCCUCUUGCCGUCCUCCCGAUGGUGAUUACAGCGAUAGUUGAGGCAAGCGUUGCCGUCAACCGUCUUUCCGCCUACUUUACGGCGCCCGAGCUUCAGGACGAUGCUGUGCUGCGUAGCGAUCCCGUGGACGCUGGAGAGGAGUCGGUGUGCAUUCGAGAUGCAACCUUCACCUGGAACAAAGAUGAGGGGCGCAACGUCCUGCAUGAUAUCAACUUCAGUGCUCACAAGGGCGAGCUUACCUGCGUCGUGGGCAGAGUAGGAUCCGGCAAGUCUAGUCUGUUGCAGACCAUGUUGGGAGACCUGUACAAGAUCAAGGGUGAAGUGGUCAUGCGUGGUACAGUGGCAUACGUUGCUCAGAGUGCUUGGGUGAUGAAUGCCUCUGUUCGCGAGAACAUUGUCUUUGGCCACAGAUGGGAUCCAUCGUUCUACGAUAAGACCAUCCACGCUUGUGCGCUAACUGAAGAUUUCAGCAGCCUUCCAGAUGGCGAUCAGACCGAAGUUGGAGAGCGAGGCAUCUCUCUUUCUGGAGGUCAGAAGGCACGACUCACUCUUGCCCGCGCCGUGUACGCUAGAGCCGACAUCUACCUCCUCGAUGACGUGCUCUCAGCAGUUGACCAGCAUGUCGGACGACACAUCAUUGACAAUGUACUGGGAGCCAAAGGCUUGCUUGCCACGAAAACACGCAUAUUAGCUACCAACGCCAUCCCUGUGCUUAUGGAGGCACACUUCAUCGCACUUCUCAAAGAUGGCAAGGUACUCGAGCGCGGCACUUACGAGCAACUGAUGGCCAUGAAAGGAGAAGUUGCCAAUUUGAUCAGGACUUCGUCAUCAGAAGAGCACAUUGCAGAUGACUCUAGUCGAACAAGCGGUAUGGAUAGUCCCUACUCUGAAAGCACCGUCUACAUACCGGACGACCCAGAAGAUGCAGAGGAGGAAGCUGAAGCGGAGGACGGUCUGACGCAAAUGGCUCCCAUUCGGCCAACUGGGAGCGGACCGAUCGCUACGCGAAAGGAUAGCAACAUGACCCUUCGAAGAGCUAGCACAGUCUCCUUCCGCGGUCCUCGAGGAAAACUCAACGACGAAGAGGAGAAUAAAGGCAAACUGAAGACGAGGCAGUCGAAGGAGUUCUCGGAACAGGGCAAGGUCAAAUGGGAUGUCUACAAGGAAUAUGCCAUCAACAGCAAUCUUUGGGCGGUUGCAAUCUUUUUGAUCACUCUCAUCGGCGCUAAAACGGCAGAGAUCGGGGGCUCGGUCUGGCUGAAGGAGUGGUCUGAAGUCAACGAUGCUUCCGGCGGUAACCCUCACGUCGCCCGCUACAUUCUGAUCUACUUCGCAUUCGGCAUAGGAUCCGCAUUUCUGGUUGUUCUGCAAACUUUGAUUCUCUGGAUCUUUUGCUCGAUCGAGGCAUCCCGAAAAUUGCACGCAAGUAUGGCGCAUGCGAUAUUCAGAAGUCCGAUGUCUUUCUUCGAAACAACACCGACCGGCCGCAUUUUGAAUCGCUUCUCCAGGCGAACGUUCAACAUGCUGUUUGUCAACGCUGCAAGAGCUGCUUUCACGCUUGUGAUCAUUUGCGCAUCGACCCCGAUAUUCGCAGUCCUGAUCAUUCCACUCGGCGCCCUGUACCUGUGGAUUCAAAAAUAUUAUCUCCGGACGUCUCGAGAGCUGAAGCGCCUCGACAGCAUCAGCCGCAGCCCGAUCUAUGCCCACUUCCAAGAGUCGCUUAGCGGGAUCAGCACCAUCCGUGCCUACCGCCAGACCAGGCGCUUUGGGCUUGAGAAUGAAUGGCGUGUAGACGCCAACUUGCGCGCCUACUUCCCAUCCAUCAGCGCAAAUAGGUGGCUUGCAGUGCGGUUGGAGUUCAUCGGAUCCAUAAUCAUCCUGGCUGCGGCAAGUUUUGCGAUCAUUUCCGUCAGCGCUGGCAGUGGACUAUCGGCGGGCAUGAUCGGUCUUGCAAUGAGCUAUGCGCUGCAGAUCACGCAGUCCUUGAACUGGAUCGUGAGACAGACAGUGGAGGUUGAGACUAACAUCGUGUCUGUUGAGCGUGUGCUCGAAUAUGCUCGGCUACCUAGUGAAGCGCCAGAAGUGAUCUUCAAGAACCGGCCCCCAAAUAGCUGGCCUUCUAAGGGUGCUGUCUCCUUCAACAACUACAGCACCCGUUAUAGGCCCGGUCUCGACCUUGUCUUGAAGAAUGUCAGCCUCGGCAUCAAAUCUCACGAGAAGAUUGGUGUCGUUGGUCGAACGGGAGCGGGCAAGUCCAGCUUGACACUGGCGCUUUUCCGAAUCAUCGAGCCUGCGGAUGGAGACAUUUCGAUCGACAACCUUAGUACAAGCUCGAUUGGUCUGAAUGAUCUUCGAAGCCGCCUGGCCAUCAUUCCUCAAGAUGCUGCUUUGUUCGAAGGCACUGUAAGGGAUAACCUUGAUCCAGGGCAUAUUCAUGAUGACACGGAACUGUGGAGUGUGCUUGAUCACGCUCGACUACGCGAUCACAUCGCGUCCAUGUCUGGCCAACUCGACGCUCGCAUCAACGAGGGCGGCUCAAAUCUAAGUCAGGGACAGCGACAAUUAGUGUCUUUGGCCAGGGCUCUUUUGACGCCCAGUAACAUCCUGGUGCUAGAUGAGGCUACAGCAGCAGUGGAUGUCGAGACGGAUGCAAUGUUGCAGACGACGCUUCGAUCAAACAUGUUCAAAGAUCGAACGAUCAUCACCAUCGCGCAUCGCAUCAAUACCAUUCUUGAUAGCGACCGCAUCGUGGUGUUGGACCAUGGCCAAGUGAAGGAAUUCGACACGCCAGCAGCUUUGGUUGCUAGUAAAGGCCUUUUCUACGAGCUGGUGAGGGAGUCAGGGCUGUUGGGACAGGUUGACAUCAGUGGAAGCAUUCAAUAGAGACACAAGCCAGCACUUGUCGUUCAUGCAAGCUAUACGCCACAUGCGGGUUUGUUCCUCCGGCAUGCAUACUGUGCAC